AUGGAUAUUAACCAUUUUGCGAAUUUAUCGGGCGGAAAUAACACCACUCACUCAAAUGCUAGCAAUCAUCGAGGUCAGACCUUUGGCGAUUCCGAAUGUAUAAUAAUUCGAAUUCUCUUUGUCUUUACUGGGUCUGUUGGCCUGCUAGAGAACAUUGCCGUUGUUGCAAUUAUCCUACACAACAGAAUUAUGCUCGAUUUUCCAUCCAAUUGGUUCGUCCUCAGUUUGGCUAUAGCCGAUGCAAUUUUUUGCUUUGCAGCAAUUCCAUUCAUAAAUGCUCUAUGUACAGGAGCAUCCCAUAUCUUCCUAAUUGGUGUGGUCGCUCAGUUUGUUAGCAUUGCCAGCGCUGGAAAUUUAUUCAUCUUGACAUUCAACAGAUUUCUUUCCGUGUAUAACUCGUUAAGAUAUCCUGGCUUAAUGACCUACCGCAGAGCAAAGUGUUUGGUUGUAAUUCCUUGGGGAAUUGCUUUUCUCAUGUCAGCUCUUGUCGGAAUUUCAGUUCAAGCAGGAAUUCAGAAUAUAGCCUAUCUCCACUCAUCGUAUUAUACAACACUGAUCAUACUAACCAGUGGACUUAACAUAUAUAUGUUCAAGCUUGCAAGAAGCAAACGUAGAGUUACCGUACAGCAGCAAAGUGCAGUUCUGGCUGCCGGAGAUAAAUCACUUAGAAAAGAAUUCCGCUUGUUGAUUCGUCUGCUCAUG